UAAUGAACAUGUUAUUAGAGACACCUGUGCAAUGGCUGCUGGGUAAUAAAAGCCUUCAUCAUCAGAAAGCUUCAUCCAGUCUGCAGCUGAAAUAAUAAUGACAGUCGAAUGUGGAUAUCUGAACUUGUCACAGCAGGUAAAGGUGCUGGCACACCUUGCUGGAUUAACAGAGUGACAGCGGCACAGAGGGACACAAACAGCAGGGAAGAAACGAGAAAUCAACAGCGAGGAGGAAGAAAGACGCAGGAAGUAGACCUUUGGAGGGACCGGAGGUCAUUUAAGGGGACGGGCUUUUAUUUUUGUGUCUGUAUGGACCCGAAGGCAGCAGAGAGACAUCGACAGUCAGGACUGGAUUUGUGGUUGCUCACAUAAUCCGUCCAUCCAUUGCCUCCUCACCCAUCCAGCCGUCUCCGGCUCCUCGUGUUCCUCCUGCUUCUAACUUCUGAGUGUUGAUGCAAUUUGGUCCAUUAUUAACUCUUUAAUGUGUUUAUUAUAGCCUGUGGUAUAAUAUCGCUGUCUGUAAACUCACCGGGAUCUGUAAUAUAGCUGAUUAUAAAUUGGAUAUAUAUCUAUAUUUAACCUUUAUUUAACGAGGGAGUCACAUUGGGUUACAAUUUAAAAUCAUUUAAAGACUUAACCUGAUUACAAUCUAGCCUAGCUCCAGCAUAGCUUCUUCUGAUAAAUGAUCCCAGUUGCUAUUUACCCCUGGUAGUGUGUGUGGUAAUUGAGCCUAGCUCCAAUAGCCUGGUGGUAGCUUUGUCUAGCUGUUGAGUUAGCUUAGCUCUAAUAAAGCCCAGGACUAACUUAGCAUAAAGUUUGGUUGCAAUCGAAUUAGCUGUUAGCUCCACAAACACACUCGCUAUGGAUCCGGACAGAGAAGAAGCUGACGUGUUUUCGGACACAGAAGAGCCGAGCCCUCUGAGAGCAGAUACCGUAGAGGAGGAGGUGGAGGAGGAAGAGGAGGAUGAGGAGGAAGAUGCUAAGAUCUUCAAUGCCUGGAUGCAGCGGUACAGAGGGGGUGAGCAGCAGGAGAAAAUUGGAGAAGAAGAUGAGGAGGAGGAGAAGGAGAAGAAGAAAGGAGAGUCAGCCGAAGGGGGAGGAGCUGAAAGUAGGAGCAACGUUGAGCCUCCGGCCCGAAUGGGGAGCAACCGCCGGGCGUCGCUGCCGUGUCCGCACACUCUGUCGGCCAUGCAGCUGUCUCGUCUGCACUCGUCCACCAAUGCUCCGGUGACGGCGAAGGUUCUGCUGCGCCGUUCUUCCUCCCGCCGCCUCCUGCAAUCACAGCAGGAAGCAGCUGCCCCCACCCAGGAGCGAAGACUCUCCCUCAUACCCACAAUCCCAGAGGCCAUUGCGCCCGAGAAGCGGGCCACGUUUAGGAGACGCAACGUCAUGUCACUGAGCGACGCAGACAGUGUGUGUCUGAUCUGUCACAACGACCUGAACCGAGGAACCGGUGGCACCAGAGAGCUGCAGUGCACACACACCUUCCACAAAGAGUGUAUAGAGGAGUGGUUGUGGAGGAAACAGUCCUGCCCCACCUGCCAUGUUCAGGUGUCCAUACCGCAGCCCGUCUACUGGAACUCCACCAGGGUCAAGGUCCCCUAAAACCACCCAGGACACAGCGUUACAUCAUCAACCUAAAGUAGUGGACUGUGACGUCACCGAAGCUCGUUUAAACGUCCACCAGUUCCCCAAAACAUUUAGCUGGGAACUAUGACAUCAUCAAAUGCCACCAGAAAGAGGACAGUGACAUCACCAACGGCCCCCAGGACUGUGGCACUGUUACAUCAUCAGAAUACAAUGAGGUAGAAGACAAUGACGUCACUGGGAGUAAAUGAAAGGUAGAAUUAAUUCAUAAUUGGACUUUAUACACGUUAUAGCAGUCGAAUGGAUGUAGAUUUCUACGUAAGUGACCAUUGAGGAGCUACAGUACAACCACAGUAGCCUCACUGUGUGUGUGUGUGUGUGUGUGUGUGUGUGUGUGCACAGCAGUACUUUAGUCGACUGUUUUUAUAAGAUUAGCAGCUGUUGUUGAGAUGCUUGAAUAAAGUUGGAUUGUAUGA